UACUUUUGCUAACCAAUACCCGACCCGACCCGAUCCAUAUAUACAUGGAGUGAAGCGGCCUGGUCAGUAGACUGACAUAAAACAUCCAUCCCCUCUCCCUGUAUCAGUUUUCGUGGUCGGGAUGGACCAAAACGAAUCCCUAACCCUGACCGCUGAAGCAGAGCUCACUAAAGACCAAGCUAUGCCUGAUUCCGACGAGAAAAUGGAGGAAAACCAUCCCCUGACCGCAGAUGAUGAGAACCACAAAGACAAAGCCAUGUCUGAUUCCGAUGAUUCUGAUUCAGAAGACGAAGCUCAGCAGAAUCUCUUACUUGAAUCUCUCCAGACUGAGCUUGCUGCUAACCCCUCUAAUUAUGAUGGUCAUUUGCAAUAUAUAAAGCUUCUGAGGAGAACCGGUGAUGUUGAUAAACUGAUAAGAGCCAGGGAAGCUAUGAGUGAACUUUUUCCGUUGAGCCCUGAAAUGUGGCACCAAUGGAUCAAAGAUGAGCUUUCUCUCAGCACUGCUUCUCGGCCCGAGGCUUUCUCUAGAAUUCUGAAGCUUUACGAACGAGGGGUGUUUGAUUAUCUGUCUAUCUCUCUUUGGUGUGACUACAUUAAUUUUGUCCAAGAGUUUGAUCCAAUGGUACGCCAAUGUACACCUACUGGUAUUUCCAAGGCGAGGGAUCUGUUUGAGAGUGCCCUGACUGCAGCUGGUUUGCAUGUUGCUGAAGGUAGUAAAAUAUGGGAAGCAUACAGGCAAUAUGAGCAGGCUAUACUUUUAACCACCGAUGAUACUGAUGCACAGGCCAAAGAAAAGCAAGUUCAACGUAUUCGUAGUUUAUUUCACCGCCAGUUGUCUGUUCCCCUUGCUGACAUGAGUUCAACACUUACUGCCUAUAAGGCUUGGGAGGCGGAACAGAGAAAUCUUCAAGAUGUUGAAACCAUCGACUUGGUUGAUAUUUAUCCUCAUGUUGCAUCUUCAUACCAAAAGGCCUUGGAGAUGUACAAUGCUCGUUUUCAUCUUGAAGAGCAGAUUUUGAGCCUGAAUGUUUCUGAUUCAGAGAAACUGCAACACUACAUGAUAUUUGUAUUGCAGAACUAUUUGAAAUUUGAGCAAUCAUAUGGAAUGCCAGCCAGAAUUCAAGUUCUAUAUGAACGAGCUAUUACUGACUUUCCUAUAUCACUUGAUCUCUGGCUUGAUUAUACUCGCUAUUUGGACAACACUUUGAAGGUUGGUAAUAUUGUCAGCAAUGUUUAUUCUAGGGCAACUAAGAACUGCCCUUGGGUUGGAGAACUUUGGAUUCGAUAUAUGCUUUCCUUGGAGCGUGGUCAUACUUCGGAGAAAGACUUGUCUGAAAUCUUUGAGAAGUCCCUGCAAUGUACCUUUUCUACUGUUGAAGAGUAUCUUGAUUUGUUUCUUACCCGAGUAGAUGGCUUAAGGCGAAGAAUGACAUCCAGCAGUAAAGAGGAUUUGGAAUAUAAAAUAAUUAGGGAGACCUUUGAGCGUGCGUCAGAUUAUCUGUCACCACACUUGAAGAACACCGAGGGUUUACUACAUUUAUACAUGUAUUGGGCUCGUUUAGAAACAAAACUUGGGAAAGAUGUAACUGCAGCUCGGGGAGUGUGGGAGAAUUGUCUUAAGAUAUGUGGUUCAAUGUUGCAGUCAUGGACUGGUUAUAUAGCAAUGGAAGUGGAAUUAGGUCACAUAAAUGAAGCAAGGUCCAUUUACAAGCGAUGCUACAGUAAAAGACUUUCUGGGACUGGUUCAGAGGACAUAUGCCAUUCAUGGUUACGCUUUGAGAGGGAAUUCGGCACGUUGGAAGAUUUUGAUCAUGCAUCUCUCAAGGUAACCCCUCGACUGGAAGAACUACAGUUAUUUAGGAUACAUCAGGAAUCCAAGUCUGCAGAGGAAAAUGAAAAGAAUCUUAAGAGAAAUGCUCGUGAAAAGAGAAAGCUGGGGUCAGAUAUAACUGAAGAACCGACUCCAUCAAAGCGACUUAAAGAUAUUGGAAAUACAAAGAAAGCACCCGAAGAGAACAAAUACCAGCAGCAGAAUACUUCUCAGGUGUCAAAAGUGGAAGGGGUCAAUUGGAAUAACCCAAGUGGGCAACAGUUCAACCACGAAAAGAACAGGGCAUACUCUGACAAGUGCACCGCUUUUAUAUCAAAUCUUCAUCCCACGGCAAAUUAUGAGCAUAUUCGUAAUUUCUUCAGUGAUGUUGGUGGAAUUGUUGCAAUCCGCAUCCUACAUGACAAAUUUACUGGAAAGUCAAGGGACAAUGAGACAGAUCAAGAAUUUUCUCUUAAAAGUCUCAAAUCUGUUGUGGUAUCUGAGUUUGGAUUCUUGCAUAGCAUCAAUCGUCCCGUGAAGGAAAUCAAGUAAAACUUUUGGCCUGGAAAUAAGCAUUUGAUCAAACAAGGAUUCAAUCCUCUUUCCUGUGCAUUGGAUAGUCUGUCACUUCUAAGGUUUGAUUCUCCCAGUUUUUUUAUGGUUAGUUUAGUUUUGUGGAAAGAGGAGGGAGAGCGAGGAAGAAAGAGAGUGCAAGAGAUGGAAUAUAUUGGUUUGGAGGAAUGGAAAGGAGAAGACAGUCUCUUUAUUUCAGGAGGCUAGGGCCCAUAGGAUUAUAUUUCCACAUGAAAAAGGAGAAAACCAUGUUUAUUUUGCUGAAAAUGCGACAUAUUUGAUUAUGGUGCAAAGAGAUAUUAUGUUUGAAAUUAGAGCCCCAUAACCGAUUAUGGCAUCCUUUUAUUUGCAGUUUUAUUUUAUUUCUUUACUUUUUUUUUUCAAUAGUAAAAUCUCCAUUUUCAUUUUAUUUCUCCUAUUUCUUUCCAAAAAGCUACCUCUAUUUCUAUCAAUUGCUCACCACUUUCAGUCCCUCAACUUACUUCCUUUCUUCCCUGCCAAACACAUUAGAAAUUUAACUGCCUGGUGACCAUAAAACUUGCAGUGGAUUUCAAUAUAGCAAAGUUUCCCUAGUUGGAUUUAUGGGCUGGAUUGUUGCUCUUUUUUCUGUAUUUUAUGUACUUUGCCUUACAUUUUUGUUAUCAUUUAUUUGGAAUAAAAUACAUAGUUCAGGGGGAGAAAAAAACAGUAGGAAGUAAUACAAACAUUAAUUACUGGUUUAGGUGAAACCGUUAUCUUGUACUUCUUUUUCUUACCAGCUUACCAAACUGGUGAGAAGGUCUUGUUGCAUCACCGCAAAUGAGUACUAUAUAUGCCUAUUCACUGACUGUACCACUAGUUACAAAUUUUUAUCUUGAU